AGAAGGGCGAUAUAUUUCUUAAAACCACCGGAUUGUUUACUGGUAGGGUUGUUUUGUAGACUAAUAUGAGCUACAGCCUGUUCUGUAUACUCCAGUACUAAAGGUGGCGGUAUGCACUUAAGAGUUGUAUUGCAAUCCGCCAUAAAACGAAAAGAAGAAAAAAACGGUUAAGAAGCAGCCGAAGAAGAAGAAGACAAAGGCGAAGCGGAGGAGAAGAGAGAGUCGUGUCAACAUGAAACUCCACCUUUUCCUGCUGGCGGCGGGCGCCUCCCUACUCGGACUCGGGGAUGCUCUGAGGUGUUACUCCUGUCCUGGCGGUUCAGUGGACACCUGUAAGAACGUGGCGCAGUGUGGGGACGAAGACAGCUGCCUGUCACUGGAAGUUAGCGCUGGUGUCCAAGCAGGAACACACUUCUCCCAGUGCAUCAAGAUGGCUGACUGUGACUUUGACAAACUGGCUGUGUUGUUCAAGCUUGGGUCCUUCAAAAUGAACUGCUGCCAAUCAAACCUUUGUAACUCCUCCCACUCUGUUGUAUCCAGCCCUCUGAUUGGUCUGAUGGCAUCGCUGGCUGCUCUCUGGUUGGGCUUCUGCUAAAGCAGAAGGGUCUGACUAAACCUGCAUCAGACAGAUGAGAUUUGGUGUGUUAGUCCAGAUCUGAUGUUGGCAGAUGUGGCCAAGUUAUGUGGAAAUCACUUAGGGGGCAGAAAUGAGCAUUUAACUGCUUUUGCUUGACAGAGUCUCUCUCCUGUGUUGAGUCACAUUGCAUUUUCCCACAAAGCUGAAGGACACUUGCACAAUGACUAUAAUGUCUGUUUGACACUACAUACUACAGGUAUACUACAUGUAGUAUGUAGUGAUACAUACUACAUGUAGUAUACCUGUAGUAUGUAGUGAUACUACAUACUACAGGUAUACUACAUGUAGUAUGUAUCACUACAUACUACAGGCGUCACUGUCCUGAUUAAACAUGACUAUAAUGUCUGUUAGACACUACAUACUAUAUGCAUACUACAUGUAGUAUGUAGUGAUACUACAUACUACAGGUAUACUACAUGUAGUAUGUAGUGAUACUACAUACUACAGGCGUCACUGUCCUGAUUAAACGUGACUAUGUCUGUUAGACACUACAUACUACUGCAGUAUCACUACAUACUACAGGUAUACUACCUGUAGUAUGUAGUGAUACUACAUACUACAGGCGUGGCUGUCCUCCGUCUUCUUACUGAGUGUCUGCUUGACGAGUCCGUCCAUAAAACGUGAGGCAAACAAGGAAGCAUAAAAAGAAAAGGAACCACUCCAAUGGGCUGCCAGUAGCUUGGCGCCAUCUGCUGGAGGAAAUCAGGUAACACUUAUUAAACAAAUUGGGUUGUAUUGGAGUAUAUUUGUACUUGAUAUUCAGGAUGGCAUCAUAAAUAAAGGCUUUAUUAAACCAA